GGCUGACAAAUGAUUAGGAAAUGGAGAAAAUUUAUAAACAAAUGAUAAAAACGUCUGAAAAAGUGGAAUUUUGAGAGUCACAUCUAAUCAAUAUGUCAAGUGCCAGAAGUAAUUUAUCAGCUCUAGCUGAAGAUGAUGAUGAGGAGGAAGAAGAGGAACCUGAAGUAUUGAGCUCUGAAGAGUCUGAAAAUGAAGGUGAAAAUGGUCCAUUAAAAGAACCCAAUAAGUUUGAUGUUUUAUGUGAUGGUGUAGUGAACUCUAUGGCUAUUGUACAAACAGCCAUACAAGAAUUACUUGGAUUAAAGGAUGAAAUUUUACAGCAUACUUUACCCCCAGCUGUUCUUAUUAAAUUUGCAACGGUUUGUGGCAGGGUCUUUCGCAGUGUUAGUGAUCAGAGUAAACCAGUGAAUGAAUUAGUAAGAAUGGUCCAAGUUUAUUCUACUCCAUGGGAAGAAAAAAGUGCUGCGUUAAAGAAACUACAUGAUGAUUAUGAAAAUAAACAAAGACAGUUAAAUAUUGCAAUAAAACGUCUUCAGUUAGUCGAUGCACAUUCUAAAAGAAUAGCUAGAGAAAAACGAAUAAUGAACUGGGAGAAAUUAUUUGCUAAAGUUACCAGUACCAAGGGUCAUGGUAGAAGAUGGAAAUUUUUAAUUGAAACAAUUAAACAGAAGGCCAAAAUGGGAUAUGAACAUGUUCAAGAAUAUACCAGAUCAUUAGAGGAGUCAACAGAUUCAGAGUCUGAAGAAGAGGAAGAUACAUUAGUAGCUCAGCAAUCAGUAUUAGAUGUGACGAGUGCUGGACCAACUACUAGUGUCACACCUAGUGAAAAACCAGAUUCAAAUGAUGAUGAUGAUGAUGAUUCUAGUGAUAAAGAACCUGAUACUCAAGGUGGUUCCAUACUGUCAGGUACCACACCUAUAGGUGAUAUAUUAAAUGCUACAGUGGGAGAUAUUGAUGAAGAAGAUGCACUUGAAAGUGUUGAAAGUAUGGAGGACAUUGAAAGUGGACAUGUUUCACCAAAGAAAGUACGUUUUGGUCAGGGAGAAGUCACUUUUGUGAAACCAGAAGUGAAAGAUAAUUCGACAUGGACUGAUGAGACAGAAUAUAAAGAGUAUUUAUAUGUUCGAGUAUUUAAACCUAUUGGACUAGGACAGCAUGAAAUAAAAUGUUCACUAACUUAUGGUAAUCAAAUGUUCAAAACUGGUGUUCUGGAUUUAAAACAACAGGAAGAGGAAGAAGGACCAAAAAGUCCUACCAGACCCCCAGCAGCUGGUAGACAUCAUGGCAGAACCAGUAGAUCACCAUUAGUGGAAGAACCACCUCCGAAGAAUCAUGGCAGAUAUGAAGAGUUUAUGUUAAAUAUUGACACCCCAACUAAUGUACCAGGUGAAAAGUUGAAACCACUUCAGUUUGCUAUACAACAUGGCCAGUUUGAAGAAAUAGUAGCAAUGGCUGCUGUCGAAGUCUCAGAUUUAAAACAAUUGGAUCUAAAAACAGUGUAUUUACCCCCAGUUAAAGGUGAUGAUGAUGUCUUGAAGCAGGAUGAUGAUUUAGAUUCUAUAAAUUCUCUAUCUGAGUCUAUAGACAUACCACUCAAUGAUACAGAUUCAGAGAAAAGUCUGGUCAUUAAAAACGAAGCCCUGAAAUAUGUGGACCCUAUUCCGUUCCCAUUAUUUCCUUUAAAGACUGGAAGAUCAAGCAUUGCCACUCCUGGUUCUCUCCCUUUGAUCUUCUACUGGGGCAAACGACCGCAACCCAAAACAUUCAACAGACAAAUAGGCACUAUGGGUGUGAAAGAAUUAGUCUAUGAUUUAACUGGUAUAGAUCUACAUACUACAACUAAAGAAGAUUUAAAUAAAGAAAUGAGAGAUGAUGCUUGUUCUGCUAUACUCUUUACUCCAGAACCUACAGAGGAAACCGUAUUAAAAUCAGAAUUUGAGGCAUUACAGAAUAAACAUGAAAAUGAAAUUCAAGUUUUACAGACCAAAUAUGAAACUAGAUUACAAGAACUAAUGGACAAUCUGAAUUCCAUGGUGGAACAACAGAAACAGCAACAACAGAAAGCGAAAUCACCAAAAGCUACACCUCGUCAAGUAUCAAAUAUUAGUCGUAGUACAGAUUCCGCAAAGUCUAAUAGAUCUGUUAAAAUACAGCCUGCAGCUCCACCUAGUCCCAGUCCUGUUAAAUCUUCCAGUCCAAUUGAGGUUGUUUUCGACCCCGGAGCACCGCCCCCUGUUAAAUCACUACCUACUCCACCAAAACAUAGAACUAGGUAUGGUAUUCAUACAUAUUUUUGUACAAGAAAUAUAGGAGAAGUGUAUGAGAAGCCUACUUGA